UUCUUCUAUUUUGGAUGGUUUCGAAACAAAUUCGAACAAAACGAAGUAUCUCUCUCCUUCUCUCUCCCCCCUCUUCUUCUCUCUAUCAAUUUCUUCACUUCCUCACCUUCUCCGCCCCUCAGCUUCCACUCCAACUCUCCAUCACAGGCGCACUUGGAGCGAUUUCUUCAUCCGUCAAAUGGCUGCAAUGUCAGUGAAGAUUUUCCAAAAUGUUCUGCUAGUACACUGCUACCAACAGAAUAGGCAGUUCUGCACCCAAUACCAAAGGGAUUGUUUUGCCCCUAAUAUGCGCAACUUGCUUCCUAAUUGGGGAGGGAAGUUAGCAUGGAAUGACAUCUCUGCAAUGCAAUUUCACUCCUUAUCAAAAUAUCAGACACAUUAUGUUAACAGAAGAACUGUUUAUUGCAAUGCUGCUCCAUCUACUACUCCAGUAUCAUCACUUGGAAAGGUUGAUUUCCUCAAGCUUCAGAAUGGAAGUGAUAUUCGAGGUGUUGCUGUUGCUGGUGUUGAGGGAGAACCUGUUACCCUCACUGAACCUGUUACUGAAGCAAUAGCAGCUGCAUUUGCUGCAUGGUUAUUAGACAAGAAGUCUGAUACAUCUAGACGUCUGAAAGUUUCUAUUGGUCAUGAUUCUCGAAUAUCCGCUAAAAGCCUACAGGAUGCAGUUUCUCGAGGAAUAGCGAGUGCUGGCCAGGAUGUCAUUCAAUACGGGUUAGCGUCCACGCCAGCAAUGUUUAAUAGCACAAUCACCGAAGAUGACAACUUUUUAUGUCCAGUUGAUGGAUCAAUUAUGAUUACAGCAAGUCAUCUUCCUUACAACAGGAAUGGAUUCAAAUUCUUCACAAAUGCUGGAGGGCUUGGGAAAGCAGAUAUUAAGGACAUUUUGGAGCGGGCUGCAAAUAUAUACAGUAACUUUACAGUUGAACAUUUGCAAGAUGCAGAACGAAAGGCUUCUUCAUAUAUAAAACAAGUUGAUUACAUGUCUGUUUAUACAUCUGAUCUUGUAGCAGCUGUACGCAAAGCUGCAGGAAAUAUAGAGAGGCCUCUGGAGGGGUUUCAUAUAGUUGUUGAUGCUGGGAAUGGAGCAGGAGGAUUUUUUGCUGCAAAGGUGCUUGAGCCUCUUGGGGCAAUUACUUCUGGCAGUCAAUUUUUGGAGCCUGACGGUUUAUUCCCCAAUCAUAUCCCAAAUCCUGAGGACAAGGCAGCAAUGAAAGCUAUCACCCAGGCAGUUCUUGAGAACAAGUCUGAUUUAGGAAUUAUUUUUGACACUGAUGUGGACAGAUCCGCUGCUGUGGAUACCAUUGGCCACGAGUUCAAUCGAAAUCGCCUAAUUGCUUUAAUGUCAGCCAUUGUUCUCGAGGAACAUCCAGGAACAACAAUUGUCACAGAUAGUGUUACUUCAGAUGGAUUAACAACAUUUAUUGAAAAGAAACUUGGAGGGAAGCACCAUAGGUUCAAAAGGGGCUACAAGAAUGUCAUUGAUGAAGCAAUUCGUCUGAACUCAGUUGGUGAGGAGUCACACCUGGCUAUUGAAACCAGUGGCCACGGAGCUUUGAAGGAGAAUCACUGGCUUGAUGAUGGUGCAUAUCUCAUGGUCAAGAUCUUGAACAAACUCGCAUCUGCAAGAGCUUCUGGAGUAGGCGGUGGAUCCAAAGUUCUGACUGAUUUAGUAGAAGGUCUAGAAGAACCUGUUGUCGCUGUCGAACUGAGGCUAAAGAUUGAUCAGAACCAUCCAGAUAUUAAAGGAGGGUCCUUCCGUCGAUAUGGAGAAGCUGUGCUGGAACACCUGCUGAACAUUAUAGGCUCAGACCCAAAGCUUCAAAAAGCUCCAGUUAACUACGAAGGCGUGAGAGCUUCUGGAUAUGGAGGUUGGUUCCUUCUGAGACUCUCACUUCAUGAUCCUGUUUUGCCUCUUAAUAUUGAGGCACCGAGCAUGGAGGACGCUAUCAAACUUGGGCUUUCAGUGCUUGCCGCUGUUAAUGAGUUCCCUGCUUUGGACACAUCUGCCUUGAACAAUUUUGUCCAGGCAUCGUAAGCUGCCACUGUCAGCUUCACUGUGCAUUUUCACACUUCAAAGGUGAGUUUUAUGUAUAUGGAAUGGACUACCUGAAAGUAAGAUGGGCAUCUUCAGUGGUUCUCUUUUGGGUAUCAGUUAGAAUUUCCGAAUAAUUUCUGGAGUAUUGUGUCCCAAUUCUGCUUGAGUUUCCUAUGUAAACCUCUUAUAAAGCCUCAUAUUACCAAGUUCUGUAUCUGUCUUAUGUAUCCCGGGUAAAUAAUAUGUAGAGAACCUGGAUUUUUCUCUAUCCGUAUGGCGUUCUACAGUACAAGCAACGGUAAAAAUUUUAUCAUAGCUCAUCAUAAAGAAGAUUUUUUGGUA